GAUUCCAUUAUGGCAGCAGUACAGACUCGCACCUUCCCUACACCAGUGAUCACAAGUAGACAGCUUAAGGGCAGCCUCCCCAGGGUCGAGAUCGACGAAAACGUGGACUGCUCUGCCGUGGCAUCCUCUUGCAUUGCCCGACUCGAAAAAUUACAGCAAAGCGACCUCACUGACGAUGCACUAUGGAGAGACUGUCUCAGCAUUACUGGAAAUCAGCGUACUUUCAGUAGCUCCACCUCCAUUCUUGCUGCUUGGAACGAACUCAUGCCUAAGUGCAAGCCUCGCAACUUCCGUCUGGUGCCGUACAGCGCUCAGUUCUUUAGACUGGGACCUCAGCCUGCUUGGAUAGUGGCUGCCUUCCAAUUCGAGACCGAUGGAGACCAGGCUGCCGAGUGCUCGGGCUCCUUGAACAUGGUUCCUGAUGGCAGUGGUGGCUACAAGAUUUGGGUCUUUUCUACAAUGAUGGAAGCUCUCAAGAAUGACAGCAACUCUGGCAACCCAGAUACCUUCCCUGACCCAACAUUUGCACCUGCUACCAGGCUCGAAGAUGGAGGCGAGAUCGACUGCAUCGUGGUCGGAGGUGGUAUGGCAGGUCUCUGUGUUGCAGGCAGAUUGCACGCCCUACGAGUACCCUACGUCGUCGUCGAACGUAACGCAUCGGUCGGAGACAACUGGACCAAGCGAUACGACUCUAUACACUUGCACUUGUCGAACAGCUACAGCGAGAUGCCCUUUCAACGCGUCUAUGCCGACAAGCCCUACAAUCUCGGCAGUAAAGAGUUGGCAGAAGGCAUGCAGAAGUACGUCGAUAUGCACAACAUCCAAGUCUGGCUAUCGAGCUCCAUGGACCAAGCCCGCUGGGAAGAAGAGACCAAGAGUUGGAACGUGGUCGUCAGUAGACAAGGACAACCCAAGAAGCUCAAAGCCAAGCAUCUCGUCAUGGCCAUAGGCGGCGGUCUCGACGUGCCCAAGUACCCCGAAUAUCCCAACCGCGACGAGUUCCAAGGCACAGUCAUCCACUCUGUCGAUUGGAAGAACGCAGAUGCCUUCGCAGGCAAGAAAGGCAUCAUUAUCGGCGCUGCCAACAGCGCCUUCGACAUUGCUCAGAACAUGGUCGAUUCUAACCUCUCCGAGAUCACCCUCGUUCAACGCAGUAUCACCCACGUCAUGUCCUCCACAGUCCUUUAUCCCAUUCAGGAUGCCUUGUAUAACCCUCAAUGCGACCUCGGCAUGUCUGACCGCAUGACUUUAGUGCCUCCCUAUGCGGUUGGUAGAUUGAUGAUCAUGGCAGGAGCAGGUGCACUACAAGCUCUUGAACCGAAUCGAUAUGACUACUUGAAAGAGGCUGGAUUCCGCUUCCACCAAAGCCCAGAUCUGUUUGCCAAUCCCGUCGAGAAGUUUGGUGGACACUUACUAGACCAUGGAAGCGUUUCCAUAAUCAAAACCGGCAAAAUCAAGAUCAAAUCAGGCAUCCUCCCCACCUCCUACACCCCCACCGGCCUCCUCUUCGACGACGCCACAGAAACCCCCGCCGAUGUCAUCGUCCUAGCCACAGGAUUCAGAAACAACCUCCGCCGCAGUGUCGCUUCCAUAAUAGGUGAUGAGACCGCAGACAAACUAGACGAUUUCUUCGGUCUUGAUGCCGAGGGUGAGAUUAGAGGGUUUGCCAAACCCAUUGGACAUCCAGGAAUAUGGUAUUUUGGAGGUGGAACCGCGCAUGCGAGAUUUGUGUCUAGGUUUUUGGCUCUGCAGAUUGCUGCUGAUGUUGGAGGAAGGCCUUUUGAUGCGUAUAUGGAUACACCUUGACAGAGUUCCUGUCGUGUUUUCACUCGAUGGGAAAGGUUUGGACGAACAAAUAUAUGCAUUAUCUACCGUGUUCGCCGCAGUAAUGGC